GAUCUGUUGUUUUUGUCUUCGUUCGCGCCAUUCCAGUAUUGUUCUUGGACCUCGUUGUAGGUUGACUGAAGAGUCCUGAACAGUUCAUUUUGCCUGUUCAAGUGAGCAGUCCGUUGCAAGAUGUCUAACGAAGUGGAAUUCAACAGUUUAACCAAAGAUGAUGUUAAAAUCAGAUUCGAGGAUCCUUCUGGUGUUCCGUCGAAACCAACGGACGAAGAAGUCGCGAAGCACAGAAAAACACGCUUGAUCCUCGUGGUGUUGUUCGCCGUGGCCGUUGUGGCGAUGGUGGUAGUAGCGGUUAUUAUUAUUAUCGUAGCUCCUCGGUGUGAAAAGGCAGAAGAAGUGACGGAUACGAUGGACGAGAACUGGUGGAAAAACGCCGUCAUCUACCAAGUGUACCCGUUGUCUUUCAAGGAUUCAGAUGGCAAUAAAUAUGGUGAUUUGAAAGGCAUUGCUGAAAAGAUGGAUUACUUCACUGAACUGGGAGUUCAUGCUCUUGGAUUAAGCCCGAUCUACCAGUCUCCAAUGGCCGAUGCUGGCUACGAUAUUUCGAAUUACACCGCCAUCGACAAGGAGUUCGGAACCAUGGAGGAGUUUGAAGAUUUUCUCAAAGAGGCUCACGAGAAAGGAUUCAAGAUCAUAAUGGAGUUCGUUCCAAACCACUCUUCAAAUGAGCAUCCUUGGUUCGAAGCAAGCAAGAAGUCAAAAGAAAAAGAAAACAAAUUCAGAGACUAUUACAUUUGGCGUGUCGGGGCCGGAAAGGACAAACCACCGAACAACUGGAUCAGUGUGUUUGGUGGAAGCGCGUGGACCUACGACAACACAACAGAGCAGUACUACCUUCACCAGUUUCACAAAGAACAGCCCGAUCUAAAUUUGAGAAAUAAAGAAGUCAAAGAAGAACUGAAGAAAGUUCUAAAGUUCUGGCUCGACAAAGGAGUCGAUGGAUUUAGGGUGAACGCUGCGCAGUUCUUGCUUGAAGACGACAGUUUUAAAAAUGAGUCAACAAAUGGCAACUACAACAAGUCUGCUCCCACAUACGACAUGCUGGAUCACACACUCACAUACGAUCUUGAUGGCAAUCGAGACAUCUUAAGUGAAUUCCAGAAAGUGCUAGAUGAGUAUGAUAGUCAUCCCAUUCUGAUUGUUGAUGUAAUGGGAUCCUAUGCUGAAACUUCCAAAUAUUAUGGUAUGUCAGACAUCCCCAUCAACUUUGGUUUGAUCAACAAAGUAGACAGACAAGGCAUGACACUAGCACAAGGCAUAAGUAAAACUGUGGAGGAAUACCUGGCCAGUGUCCCUGAAGGAAAGACACCCAACUGGGUUAUUGGUGAUCACAAUAAUGCACGUGUAGGCAGCCGAUUGGGUGAAGACAACAGAUAUGCAAUGAAUACCCUUGCACUUACCUUACCUGGAGUGGCAAUGACCUACUAUGGUGAAGAGAUUGGCAUGUUAGAUGGUAACACAACUAAUCCAAAGGACAAAGAGAGAACUCCCAUGCAGUGGAACAAAGAAGCACAUGCUGGUUUCAGCACAGCUGAACCAUGGUUGCCUGUUGCUUCAGACUAUCUUACCAUAAAUGUGGACUCAGAGAAGGGUGACAAUGAAUCAUACUUAAACAAGUACAAAGAACUUAUUAAGCUAAGGAAUAACAUUGCCUUUGUCAGUGGUGAAUUUAAGGUUGUGCAUGUCGAUACUCAGGUGCUUUCCUAUGUUCGCAACCAUGGGGAUGAAUAUUUCCUUGUUGUCAUCAACUUUAGCGACAAGAUUUGGGAUCGUGAUCUUGAGAAGCUGUCUGGCUUAGGCACCGUGGUAUACGAUACUCAAUCAAAGCUGGCUGGCGAAGGAAAGGUAGAUGUGAAUAAGCUUAAGCUUAAUGUGGGCCAAGCUGUUAUUGUGAAAAAUGGAGACGAGAAGUGGCACUUUUCUUAGGAACGUUCUACAAUGUUGGUCAAUAACACAGUUUUCCAAGUUAAUUUAUCCAUAUUUGAAAUCAUGCUUUUGUAUUAUGUUCAAACAAGGACAUGUUUCUCUGUGGUGGUCAUUCAUGUUAAUUGGGGUUCAAGCUUCCAAAGCAGACUGCAACAUCCUCAGUUGAAUGUAUCGUAGUAUUAUUUUAUUUCCUUCCGUAUUUUUUGAGGAUGUUGUAUUUUGUAUCUCAUUAUUACUCCUUGUAAGCAAAGCCUUGGCAAUGCAUUAGCAUGUAAAAAAAGCUAUACAAUGGAUUGACAUUUUGAAGUUGUCAUCACGCCAUUAUCAAGUUUUUUUUUAAUCAAUUCCAAGUUGACAAGGGUGUCAUAACAACUCCAAAACGCUGUUCCAUUUUAUGGCAUAUUUUACAUGACUAUAACUCCUCUUAAAGAAAUUCUGGAUUAUUUUUUAAAUUAUUAGCAUUCACAUUCGUAAGGUGUAGUAUGCUGUCGUCGAUGCAGUAGAUCAGUAUUUAAGUUAAUACUACUUUACUCAGGGGAAGGGGCUGGCCAGAUGGUCAGUUCAUUGGCCGGCACACUUUGGGUAGUGGCAUGUUUUCUUGGAUUGUGUUCUCAGGAACAAAUUCUCACCUCACAGUGUCUUGUCUCCUGCUAGGUGUGUGUAUAUAAACAAAUGGGUAUUGAACAGGAAAAACAAAAAGGCUGGUGGGUGGAGGGGAGGAACCUUUAUUGGCAGACUUACUUAUACUAUAGGAUUGCUUCAUACUACAAAAACCAGUUUUGAGCACUGUACACUGAUGCAACAACAUAGUUUUUUGGCUUAGUAAAACCAUUACAAUGGCUUAGAUCUACCCUCUACAAUUACAUGUAGACUGAAAGAAUGUUUUCCACUUAGAAUUUGUGAUUUCUCAGAAAACAUUUCGUUAUUCACCAGCAAACUUUUGCAAGUCUACCAGUAAAGUUUUGACUCUCCUCUCUGAGGCAAAAGUGCUCACGAAUUAAAAUUUGCUGACAAAUUAAGACGUGUGAUGUCAAAAUGAUAAACAUUUCUUCCAUGCAAAUUAGUGUCCCUCGGAAGAAAAUGAAUGUUGUAAUAUUAAUUAAUAAUUGUUAUUUAUAUUGUCUUUGUUGAAAUGUUGGAAUGUAAUUUUCAUAUUAGCAUACAAAUUUACUCCACUUAAAAGCACAUGUUAAAGUUAGCAACAACCAGACUAAUUUUGAUUUAAAAGGAGAUCAUCCUGACUGGUACUGUACUUUGAUGAUUAUGGGCAGUAGCUUGCUACAAAUUUGCUCUAUCUUGUAGUCGAAAAUAUUUCCAACAACGGCGAAGGUAAAAAAAAUAUCAACUUGAAAGAUUCUAAAUUGUGAAAUGGCAGUUUUAAUUUCUCAAUAUCUUAUCACAGAUUCAAUCCAACUUCAAACUUGCAAUGCUAUACUUCUCCAAAAAACGUGUUCUAAUUUUCUCUGUAGGAUAUUUUUAUCCAAUAAAUUAUUAUAGUUCAUGGUAGCAUUUGGCAAUCUUCUAUGGAAAUCAGAAACUAGGGGUUUAUAAUUAGCUGGGAAGCUGACUCUUGAAGUGAAUAAUAAUGUAUUCCAACUUGACAUCAUAACUGAAGAGUGAAGGGUCGUACGCCACAUCCACUGUUACCUGUACCAAAAACCCUGCGUAACUAGGGGUUAUUCAGAGCAUGCCUUGAUAACAUUCAAGUCAAGUUGGGUAACGUGGAAACUGUUUGUAUUAUUGUAUUUUCUCCGACUAAGACUUUUUUAGUUGGAGUGUUAGAUUGGCUAGGAUGUGAGACUCCAAAAAAAUGUACUUGUAUUUUUUCUCAUGAAUCUGUUAACAGUAGUCCUGCCUCUAGUAUUACCUCUCUAUCAUAAAUAUUGCAAAUCAUUCAUGAUGUCAUGGGAGAAAUGACCAUGUUAGACAUCCAGAAAAUGAUUGAGUAUUGUUGGUUAUUAGGUGGGUGUAGUUACACAAUACAACUUUCUUGUGUUCAAUUUGGUUCCAUUUUGGCAAGUUUGACUUCUCAGUAAAUCCUAUGAGAACCUUAAUUUGUGAUCACUCAUGGACUAGAGUGGUUUUCAAUUGAGUGACGAAAGUUAUCAGGUAAUUACUUUGGUUGUGGUUUUACUAUGGUUUGAGAUUGGCUGAGUAGUCUAAUAUAUUGGAAAGAAAUAAUUGUUUUGGUUUACAACAUUUAAUUGAAAACCUCUCUAUUGCUGGUAAGAUCUUUAAGUUUUGAGUCUCAUUCAAAUAUGUUAUUAAGCAAUUAUCUCAGAUGGUCCAAAUGUGAAACUAUUGAAUUGAAACUUAUUAACUUUGUUAUAUUUUAAACUCUACUGAAAACAAGACAACAGGCAAGGCUAGAAUUUAAUAAUAAAGUAAGGUUUAUAAGUAAAACAAACAUAAUUAUUAUUCUAGAAUAUUUCAAGUUUGUUUAGCUAGGUGCUGCCUGGACAGGAGAGAUCCUUUGUAAAAUUGGAAAAAAACUUCCUGAUUAAAAUUGUUGCAACUGUU